AUGGUUAUUGAUGAAUUACAGAAAGUAAUUGAUGAAUACAAUAAGAUUGCUCAAGAAAAGAAAGACAGGCAGAUUCUUCUCGAAGCAAGUCAAAUUGAAGUUGACUUACUAGAAGAAGAACUGGAAGAAGUAAAAAUGCAGCUGAACAAUAUCAGAAAAUCUCCAAGUCAUAGCUCUGUCAGAUCUAACAUAAUUGCUUUCAACAGGAGAAGAUCUCCUAAUCAAAGUUCCAACAUAUCCAACAGUUCCAUAUCUAAUUCUCCUUAUCAUUCUGCUGAAACUUCUGUUAAUUUCUCUUAUUAUACGUGUGGUGACAUUGGUCACAAAUCUUUUAACGGUAGGAAAUUUUCUUCUGGAAAAUGGAUUUGGAGACCAAAAGAGCAGACCAAAAGAACCUACAAAAAGGGAAUAUGGGUAAUAGAUAGUGGAUGCUCCAGACAUAUGUGCGGAAAGAAAGAAAAUUUCAAAACUCUUAACAAAAUCGAUGGAGGAUAUGCACGGAUCAGAGACAAUGCAAAAGGAGAAGUAGUAGGAGUUGGAUCAAUCACUCUUAGCUCAUUAUGUGAUAUGUCAGAAGUAUCCCUGGUGGAGGGACUUAAACACAACCUGCUUAACAUCAGUCAACUAUGUGAUGUUGGAUUCAAAUUCUCAUUAAAUGCUACAACUUGCACUAUCAGACAUGUGACUAAGGAUAUCACAAUCGUUGGAGAUCGUAUUGAUAAUAUCUACGUUGACUUGCCAACACUUACAUGUCUAACUGCAGUAUCAAAUGAAUCUUGGCUAUGGCGUAGAAAACUUCGUCACACUAGCAUGCAUGCCUUUGAAAAAUUGUCCAAACUUGAACUAGUCAUUGGGCUUCCAAAGAUAAAAUUCGAAAAGGACCAUAUAUGUGACGCUUGUUAG